AUGAGUAACUCUUUCUCUUCUGGUGGAAUACAAAUGAUCCACAAUUAAAGCGCUCUAUAGUCAUAACUUGAAAUGGGUAUGAAACUCGAAAACCCCUAAUUCGAUAUGAAAAGUUUGAUCAAGUUGGAUCUUAGUGUUGACCUGUCUAUGAUUCAGACAGCUAUCGCUUACCUUUUUAAAACAUGUGCUUUUCAUGACAGAGAGUUUGUAGAGAUGAGGCAGUAGUUCAACGCUCAAGAGAAAAUGGUCAUUAAAUCUCAAGAAUCAAAUCAAUCUUAUCAGAUCAAGUAAAAUUACUUGUGUAACAAAUUACUAGGCAAGACGAGAAGGAGUCCAUCACCGUCAAGGACAGGGGACUAGUUCAAGCAAACUUAGAGCUUUAAUUUAGAAAUUAUUAAGGAACCAUCUCAACUUGGAUCGAAUUUAAGGGAUAUCAAGGCAAACAGGAAUACACAGGAUCUAUCUGCUAUGAUUAACAAUGAUGAAAUACUUUCACAGCAUACUGGGAAAUUAGAUAUGAUUAAUGAUCUCUAAGAUUAAGUUAAUCUGGUAAAUGACAAAGUAAACGAGCUUUCAACUAAACUGAAAACAGCCACUAUAGGCUAGCUAAAAGUUGCUGAGGGCUCUGAACUUUUGGACAUGGUUGAGAAAUUAAGAUAAGAAUUUGAUUCAAAAUACAUUAGAAAGCUACAUCUCAGGAAUUUAAGUAAGAACGAAAUUCAAGUCCUAGAAAAUGACAAUUUCAACGAUUUGAUGCAGUGCCUUACAAAUGAUGUGAACAGUCUAAAAGUGGAGAUACUUGAUAAAGCUAACUAAGAUGAUCUUGAUAAUUUAGUCUUAGCUAUAAAUGGAAAUGAUUUUGCUUUUGCAUCAGACUCAAUGCUAUCAAGUCCAGCUGUAGAACAGAGCAAUACUAACAAUGUCUCAUAGAUCAAGAACUCAGAGAACAAGAGUUAAACCAAUAUAUAUGUUAAUGAUCCAAGAUAGGUUGAUGGAACACUUAAAAUAAAUGCUAAUACUAAAGGAAUUAAGGCUACAACGAUUGGAUAAACACCUUCCAAAAUUCAAGGCAAUUAAAUAAUCUUACCAAUUGCACCUGAAGAAAAAAACAGAGCUAAAUAAAUCAUUAUAGGUGGAGGCAAUAAGGACUCAAAACAGCUCAGAGAUUUAUAGAACAGAAUGAUUAAUCUAGAAAAGCUGAUUGAUAACUCAAAGAUAGAUCAAGCAAGAUCUAACAUUGAAAACCUUAAAGAAAUGUUUAUUGAUCUUUAAAGUACUGUAGAAAAGAAAGCCAGUGUCUUGGAUAAUAAAAAACUAGCUGCAGUUGUUGAGGAGGUUAAUAUAAGAAUUACUGAAACUUUGGUCUAGCUAGCUGAGUUCAGAACUUGUGACCUAUUCUUGGGUGAGAAAGGAAAGUAAUCAGCAAUUAAUAUGAGAUCAAUUGAAAAUAGAUAAGAUAAUUUUGAGACAGCUUUCAAAAAAUUGUAGCAAUAACACACUGAUCUUAGUUUUAAACUAAAUGAUUCUAUUAAGUUACUAAUGAUAGGAGGUGGUAAGAAUGGUGAUACUGAGUCACAAUUAGACGAAAGGCUUUCUAAAGAGAUUAAGGAUAAAACUGACAUUGCUGUUUCAGAAGUUGUUAAGCUUCGUGACCAAUUGUUAAAAGCUUUCACCAAUUUAGAAAAUAAGGUGGGAGAUAAAGCUACUAGAGAAGAUUUAACUCAGCUUGAUGAUCACUUGUCAAGAGGCAUGGAUUAGAUAGUAUCAAAUUGUAAUAAAAUAUAUGUGAGGAAAACUGAUUUUAAUCGACUGUCCAAAGAUAUUGACUUAUAGAUAAGAUCUCUCUAAGAGUAUACAUUCAAAGGAGCAAGCAGAUCAAAUAAUAAUAGAUCUGCAAGCAGCACUUCACCAAGAUAAGAGGGAACCGGGACCCAGACUUUGCUCAAUGAUAACGAAGUAAUCUUAGCAACAAAGCCAUUAGGUGGAUGGUCAUGUGGUAGCUGUGGAAUUGGUCUUUAAUCUAUUCCAAAUAUGCCAACAGGAGAUUAUAAUGUUUGGACUAAGUUGCCAUAAAACAGCCACAGACUCAGCGUUCAAGCAAAUCAAAAGUCAUUCCAAAACAGACUAUCACAUAAAAAUUCAGUCAGUGUCGACAUCAAGGAUGGAAAUAAUUUUUCUGUAAAGUAGCUCUUAAGCAAGAAACAGAAUUAAAUUGAUUUAUCUAAGUUGAUAGGAGGUGGUGCGGGCACAGGACCAAUGACUGAGAGAGCAAGAAUCAAUUCACCCUAUAGAAACUUAGAUGGGCCUUUCAAUGCUACUAGUGGAGGUGACUUAGACAACUUGAUCACAGGAUUUACUUCAUAAUAAAUGACGAUUAGAGAAGAAAGACCAUCAAGCACUAAAUCAUUAUCAAACCAAAAGACUUCCAAUGCAAGUUUGCCCAAGAUAAUAUUACAAAAGCAAAAUAAGCAAAAGAUCAAGCUGUGA